AGCAAAGGUUACUAGUAAAUAGAGCGCUUAGUGCUGCUAGAAGUCUCGUGGACUAUUUUGUGCACAUCGCAGCCACUUUACACACCUCCUGAUGCUACUUUCUUGAAUAUUUCCCAGCACCCAUCUGUCGCCCUCGGAAAAAGUUGUGUCGUCUGCACACACCACAGUGCACGUCACGUGACCACUUUUCAACCAGAUAAGCAGCAAACAUUUCAUUAACACGGUGUGUAAGUCGGUCACACAACACAAGUUUAUUCUACAUCAGCAUGGAGAUAUCCGGCAAAGGAGUUUUUCUCACUGGAGGUGCCAGGGGCAUCGGAAGAAAACUCAUAGAAGCUCUGCUUGCCAAAGGAGCGAGGGUCUUCUUUUGUGACAUCAACGAGUCAGUAGGUCGAGAGACGGAGUCAGAGCUGAGGAAACAGUAUGGCGACGACAGGGUCAUCUUUCAGCAGUGUGACGUCACUAAGGCUGACCAGUUCAAAGCUACAUUUGAUAUGGCCGUCUCCAAGUUGGGGGCUGUGGAUGUCUGCUGCAACAAUGCAGGCAUCAUGGACGAGACUGUGCCGGAGAAGAUGAUUGCCAUCAACACUACUGCUCAGAUUCGAGGAAGUCAGUUGGCCCUGGAACACAUGAGACGUGACCGCGGUGGUCGUGGUGGUGUCAUUGUCAACACUGUGUCGGUGGCAGGCCUAGUAAGCUGUUACAACAUCCCAGUCUACGUUGCCACCAAACAUGCAAUGAUUGGUUACAUGCAAAGCAUGGCGCUAACUGUUCACCAGAAAGAGCAGGGUGUCCGAUGGUGCUGCCUGUGUCCCACGGGUGUCAACACAGACCUCAUUGCGCUGAAAGAAGGACAAGCGAUUGAAAAAGAUACAUUUCUGGCCCUACUUGAUGCUUUCGGAUUGCUUGAACCGGAAGAUGUGGCUGGAGCCUUCAUACGGCUUCUCCAGGAUGAAAACAACAACGGCGCCAUUAUGGAAGUGUCUCCACAGUUCAAGGAAGGGCGAUAUCGAAAGAGAAUACUUGUGGAUGAGGAUGGCAUUUCUGACCCAGUCCCUGCAGACAGAGCUUUUAUUCUUGAAGAAUUGGCUGCUGCGAAACUCGGCAAAGCCCCUUAAGUCUACAACGAAAAAAACUAUUCUGUGAUCUUGGUUCCG